UCACGUGCUACAAAGUGAAUGCAUAUUAAGCGGCAGUAAUAAAAAAACAAAGUAAAAAUGCAAAUUUGCAUUGUUUGUCGAGAACCCACUGACAAGUACAAAUGUCGAAAAUGCUUGGAACGAUAUUGUUCUUUGAGUUGUUAUAAGAAGCAUAUAAACUCAACGGAGUGCCGAGCAUGUGAAACCCCAAGUUGUGAACCUCUGACAGGAGACCAAAAUGAAGAUAAUGAGCCAACAAUAUAUACACCUUUCAGCACGGAAGAUACGGUGGCACCAGAGAAAUUACAGCAACUGGCGCAUAGCGAAGGUUUAAAGAAUUUGCUCUACAAUCCGCAUUUGAGAAAUUUCCUGAAAGCUAUAGAUGUCGCCCCAAAUGCUUGGAAAGCUAUGCAAGCAGCUAUGCAAGAACCGUUGUUCAUAGAAUUUGCCGAUGAAUGUUUAAAAAUUGUGGAACCGUCUUCAGAAGACGAAAAGUUCAUCUCUGCGACCUAAACUAAUGUCCCGCCAACUGACGACAUACUGAAAAACAUCAUGAGGCAUAGGACAGCGAUCCAAUUCGUAAGCUA